CCCACCACUCAUUCCCCAGUUUCAGCUGCGUCUCCACUUCUUCCACCACCUAAUUAAACUAAAAGAGUUAACACUUCCCCCAAAAAUUGGAAAACCCCAAAAAAAAGAAAAAACAAAAAGUCGAACUACACCCACACCCCUUCACCAUAAUCUCUCCUCCUCUCCCUCUCAACACUUCAUCAUGAUUAGCCUCUCCUCUCCCAACUUCACCCCAACCAAACACAACAACAACCCCUUCUUUCUCCGCAAUUCGAAUCCUCGCAUUCGCGUAAUUCAAAACUAUUACAACAUCUUUUCUCCGUCGCCAUCCGACUCUUCUUCUUCUUCUUCGGGUCUCGUGAAUUACCGUUCUCCGUCGCAUUCUCCUUCACUUUCGCUUUCGCUUUCGCUUUCGCUCCGCCGCCUCCAGUUCGUUCCUUCGGCCACCGCAUCCUCGUCCCUCGCCGAGGCCGGCGACGAUCGCCGCCCGGAUGCCGCCGCCGCCACGGCCGAGCUGCCGGAGAUGGCCCGGGCCUUCGGCGUGUCGUCGCGGACGGCCUUCGCCGUGUGCGCGGCGAUCGCCUUCGCGGCUCUGGCGCUGCCGCUGGCGAUGCCGUCGGUGACGGGCGGCGGCGGCGGGCUGAAGACGCGGGCGCUGGCGCACGCGACGCUGCUGUCGGGGUUCUACAUGGCGUGGAACAUCGGCGCGAACGACGUGGCGAACGCGAUGGGGACGUCGGUGGGGUCGGGGGCGCUGACGCUGCGGCAGGCGGUGCUGACGGCCGCCGUGCUGGAGUUCGCGGGCGCCUUCCUCAUGGGCACCCACGUCACCAGCACCAUGCAGAAGGGCAUCCUCGUCGCCUCCGUCUUCCGCGCCAACGACUCCCUGCUCUUCGCCGGCCUCCUCUCCUCCCUCGCUGCCGCCGGCACCUGGCUGCAGGUGGCUUCUUUCUACGGUUGGCCCGUCUCUACGACGCAUUGUAUUGUCGGAGCCAUGGUCGGCUUCGGGCUUGUUUAUGGAGGCGUCGGCGCUGUUUUCUGGAGUUCCUUGGCGCGAGUUACUUCUUCGUGGGUCAUCUCUCCUCUCAUGGGAGCAGCUGUUUCAUUCCUUGUUUACAAAUGCAUACGCAGGUUUGUAUAUAGUGCGCCAAACCCCGGUCAGGCUGCAGCAGCUGCUGCACCGAUAGCUGUUUUCUUAGGCGUCACCGGAAUCUCCUUCUCCGCAUUUCCUCUUAGCAAGAUCUUUCCAAUUGCGCUAGCACAGGCCUUGGCCUGCGGAACUGCAGGGGCAGUCAUCGUCAGCCGCGUCAUCCAUAAACAACUCGGACACCUCCUAUCCACCGAAGCAGAGAAACCUGCACCGACAGAGAAACCGCAUGUUCAGAGCAUCGGAUUUCUAUCCAACAUCGCGGGCCCGACAGGAGCCCAGCUGGAGAUCGUGUACGGCGUCUUCGGUUACAUGCAAGUGCUGUCGGCUUGCUUCAUGUCGUUCACGCACGGGGGGAACGAUGUGUCGAACGCCAUCGGCCCUCUGGCGGCCGCACUAUCCAUCCUGCAUGGCGGCGCGAGCGGGGCCGAAAUAGUCAUCCCCACCGAUGUUCUUGCGUGGGGUGGAUUCGGGAUCGUCGCGGGGCUGAUGAUGUGGGGGUACAGGGUGAUUUCCACAAUCGGCAGGAAGAUAACAGAGCUCACACCAACGAGGGGGUUCGCAGCGGAGUUCGCAGCUGCUUCUGUGGUUCUCGUGGCAUCGAAGCUCGGGCUGCCAAUCUCUGCCACGCACACGCUCGUAGGCGCAGUCAUGGGCGUUGGAUUCGCCAGGGGAUUGAACAGCGUGCGAGCGGAGACCGUGAGAGAGAUUGUUGCUUCCUGGGUGGUCACAAUUCCUGUUGGCGCUCUUCUAUCUGUUAUCUACACCUGGAUCUUAACCAAGAUUUUGCCCAGUUUUGUUUGAUUGAUUCACAAGACAGGUAUCAUUUAUUCUGAUUAUUUGGAAAUAUUUUGGUGCAACCAAGAAGAUAUAGCAGAUUGGAGAGAAAGAUCAAGCGAAUUUUAGAAGGUUGAUCAUAGUUAAUGAUCAUCUCCUGCCUGUCAGAAAACUGAUGGUUAGCAGAAAAGAGUGCUGCAGCAAGAAGUGCUUUCGGUGCAGAAGCCAAUUUUCGUUCAUACAAUUGUGAACAUGUGUGUGUGUGUGUGUGUGUGUGUGUGUGUGUGUGUUUGCCAUUUCUUUCAUGAUGUGAACUGUAGAUGCAAGUAGAGACACAAAGAUGAUCAUAAGCUAUAUUUUUCCCUUUUUUUUUUUAAUCUCUUUUGAUUUUCAUUUUGGGGAUUACUUAUCAGAAACUCUGUUUUGAGAA